AGCAUGAGAGCCCUUCGGGGGACAGCCGAGAGCCUCGUCAGCACCGGGUGGCGAUGCUGGCACUGGGGGAUCUGCAAGGCCCUCACCCCGCUGCAGGUGGCCUGGGUUGCCUUCUCUCGGCCUGUCCCAGCCAGCCUCGGGCAGCUGCUGACCCAGCUCCUCCUGUGCGGCUCCCUGGCCACUGCUGCCGCAGGUCUGGCCCACCACUGGCUGGUGUCCUCGCUACUUUACCCUCUGGGGUCCUCGGCCCUGGUGGCCAUUGUCUGUGGCCUGGUGGUCUUCCUGGGCCUGGGCCUGGUGACCCCAGUUCGCUGCCUGUUUGCACUCAGUGUGCCUACCCUGGGCACGGAGCAGGGCCGCCGCCUGCUCCUCUCCUGGAGCGCUGCCACCCUGGCCGUAGCCGUGGUGCCCAACGUCCUGGCCAACAUGGGCGCAGCCGGGCAGGUGCUGAGAUGUGUCACUGAGGGCUCCCUGGAGAGUCUGCUCAACACCACUCACCAGCUGCACGAGGCAUCCGGGGCUCUGGGCCCCACCAGCCAGGGGCUGACGCUCCAGGCCCUGGGCAAUGGCUCUGCCUUCCGGCUUCACAUGCUCAGGGUCACUCAGCAGGUCCUGGAAGACUUCUCUGGCCUGGAGUCCCUGGCCCGGGCGGCAGUGCUGGGGACCCAGCGGGUGGUCACAGGGCUCUUGAUGCUGGGCCUCCUGGUGGACUCGACCUGGUACCUCCAUCGCUACCUGACUGACCUGCGGUUUGAUAAUAUCUAUGCCACGCGGCAGCUAGCUCAGCAGCUGGCCGAGGCCCGGGCCACACACUUGUUGGCCUCCCCACCAGCCUGGCUGCUCCGGGCAGCCCGGCCCAGGCUGUCCCCAAGGGAGCUACUGAGUUGUCUCCUCAGGCUGGGGCUGCUGGCCCUGCUCCUGGUGGCCACAGCUGUGACGGUGGCCACGGACCAUGUGGUCUUCCUCCUGGCGCAGGCAGCCGUGGACUGGGCUCAGAAGCUGCCUGCCAUGCCCGUCACGCUCACAGUCAAGUACGAGGCUGCAUACACCGUCCUGGGCUUCAUUUCCUUCCUCUUCAACCAGCCGCCCCCGGAGAGCCCCUCCCUGUCUGCCCACAGGACCUUCCACUGGGAGCUCCGCUUCACGGCCCCCAGCUGCCCGCUGCUGCCCGCCCGACGCCCCGGCUUGGCCGCACCCCUGGCCGCGGGCCUUCUGCAGCUCGGGGCUUGCUCCACGGUCCUCCUGCAGGCCUACGCGCGCCGCCUGCGCCACACCAUCGCUGCCUCCUUCUUCCCCACCCAGGAGGCAAGGCGGAUCCGCCACCUUCACGCCCGGCUGCAGCAGAGAUAUGACAGGCUUCAAGGCCAGCAGCUGCCCCAGGGGACUCCUUCAUUCCGGACAGCAGGGCCUGCCAGCGAGCACCCAGCCUGGAGAGACAGGCCUACUGCACACUGGACACUUGGAAGAACAGAGAGCAGUGGGGGCACAGCAGAAAGAGCUUUGGACCGCAGAGACCUGAGUUGUAACCUUGGUCCUCUGCUGCCUCCCUGUGUGAUCCUGGGUAGGUUGCUUCACCUCUCUGAGCCUUGGUUUCUAUAUCUGCAUAAUGACUAUAUGAUAACAAUCAAUGAGACCUACUUUCCACAGGGAACGGUGAGGGAGGAAUGAAAUACUGGGCACAAAAGGCCUCGAUGAAGAGAGAAGAACUAUGCAGAGAAGACACGCAAGUGCGGGGACAGCUCCCGGGGCUCCAGGCCGCUGGGGGCUUGGUCAAGGCUUGCGUCCGCAUCCGCUGCUUUACCUCUAGACAGAGACUUCGCAUCACAAACGCGUCCAAACGCUCCUGGAUCUUAUUUUUGUGCCCCUGAAUCCUCUGAACUUACAGUGUGUUUCAUGUCAUCGCCACGAGGAUGUAUGCGCCGUGCUCUCUGUCUGGCCCUCUGCAGGAUGUCUAGCACCCAUGCUGCGCCUGGGGCACAGUGAGCGCUCAGUGAAAGUUAGCUGAAUGGCCAGCUAUCUGGAGCUAGACUUGCUGUCUCUGGUCUUGGCUCCUUCAUGGAGCCCAGAUCUGGGGCUUGCAGAAAGGAAGCGCUGGGCACUGGCAGCAGCCUGCUCUGGGUCAAGUUUAUGGCCAAAGGGGAAGGUACAAAGCAGAGAGAACUAUAUCCCCUGUCACGUGUUUCAGUGUAACAGCCAGUGCGCGUGGGAGAAUCACGUCAGGCCCCAGGCCGCACAACGGCUCCACGUCUCCCAAAGCCAGCACCCUCGGGACCACAGGCAUGGUGGGCAGAAUCAGAGCUGUCCCCAGAGCUGUCCGUGCCGUAGUCCCCAGAACCUGUGAAUAUGUCACCUUCCGGGACAAAAGGGAUUUGCAGCUGUGAUUAAGUUAAGGGUCUUGAGAUGGGGAGAUUUUCCUGGAUUAUCUGGGUGGGCCCAGUGUAAUCGAAAGUGUCCUUAUAAGAGGGAGACAAGGGAGCCAAAGCCAGAAGAAGGAGACAUGAAGACUGAAGCAGAAGCUGGGGUGAUGUCCUUGUGAGGACGGCGCCACGGCCCAAGGAAUGUGGGCAGCCCCUCCUGAGCCAGCAGGGGGGUAGGAGCAGGUGAGGCUGUGGAGUUCUUCUGGGCCAGACUUUUCUUCUCCCUCCUCUGUUGCCCUGUGCUCCUCUUCAAAUUCCGGCUAGUGUGGGUCUGGAGGACACAAAUCCUGUAUAAUGAUUGUAAACCCCCGAGGUUGUCUUUUUCGUUGUUUCUUUGGUGACAAAGAUAAGGAAAAUAUAUAGAAUAAGAGUUUGCGAUCUUUUCAUCAUCACCCCUACACUUCCAGAAGAAAGUUUUCUUGCCUGUUGGGUCAGCUUCUAGGCCUUUCUUUGUGUAGAAUCUGAGUAAUGGGUACAUAAGGAAACAAAAAGAAAUAUGAAACUCUAAGUUGACCUAAUUUACAAAGCACUAAUGUGAGCUGAAUUGGGGGCCCCAUCAGUCAGGGUUUAAUUACAGAUAAAGACAUUGCUCUAGAUAUGUUAAGCCAGAGGAGAUUAAACACGGGGAAUUGGGUUCUUACAAAAUGGUUGGAAGGAGGCCCCAGGAUGAGCUCAACCAGGGAGCUCAGCUCUGCUAUAAUCAGGAAGCUAAGAAAUCAGAAGGCCACCUCUCAAACAGCCGGCUCUCAGAAUGCACCACCUGGGCCUGUGUCCACGAGGAGAAAGAAGCCACCACAACCAGAACCAGGCUGCACGUGCGAAACUCAUCCCACCAAAAGGUGGAUGCCCCAUGCUUGGCCUCUGGACCCCCCAAAGAGCCAGAGCUGCGACACUGAGAUCUCUACUAAUACAGUCCACCGACACGUCCAGCAGGGCUGCGGCAUCAUACGGCUGGGGAUGCUGUUCACAUCACAGGUGAUGGGAACACGGCCUCCAGUCGAUGUGCAGGGCGCCCCUACAGCC